CUCAUGUGUUAUAGAAUAUGUCAAAAAUCAACUACUCUUGUUACAAGUGAUAGCCUACUUUAUUUAGAAAAUAUAUGUGAUUCAAACCAUGUUGCGAGGCUCGUCUAGAUUAGCCAGCGUGGAUGUCUUUCUGUUCGAGUUCAUUCUAGCACGGCAGAUGGCAGCAAUGCACAUAGGGAUGGACUGACAGCCAGACAGUAGGAUAUUCUACUUUGGAGCCCUCGUACGGUGUGGCUGUGUCUGUGUUCAAUUGCUUUGGCAGGGUUGAUAUAGAUGGGCGGUAUAGCCUAUAGGGGGGUAUGGUUUUUUGACGCCGCGUAGUUAUAGAAAAGAGAAAUGGUAGGCUUCACGUCAUGUAGGGAGGGGACAGCGAGCUGCUCGGUGAACUGAGCAGGGUUUAAAAUUCUCCACUCUCUGAUUUAGAGUCAGAAUACAAAAUCUUCCAAAAGGAUUGGGCUUGCUGCGUUUCCACUGAUGUGCCCAUUCGUUUUGACAACUCCUGUCUCCAUAGUCCGGAUUUAACGAUAUUUGGAAGAGUGAAGAGGAGAGGACACAUCACUUUUUUUAAAUCUCACCAUAGUGUCAAUUUUGGUGUAUCCAAAAUAGCUUUAUUUUGCCUCUUUAUUACAUUGACUUGAAGCUAUAGAUAACCCAUCAAUAGACAAUAAGUCUUCUGAGGCUUGCACUUGGCAUUUUGCCACCUACCACAUCUCCAUUCCCUUUCCCUUGUGUCUUGCACUCGCCCUGCAAAACUCUGAAGACAAGACAUGAUGUGCCUGAAGAAAUAUUUCACAGAGGGCUUGAUCCAAGUAGCCAUCCUGCUCAGCCUGGUUGGCGUCAGAGUAGAUGUGGGCCCUUACUUGCCCGCCUCGCACGAGAUGAUCCUGGGCCCCACCUCUACCCUCACCCAGACCCAGUUCCACAACCAGCUGGACGGCCAGGACCUCCCCCCCAAGAGUGUAGACCUGGAUGGCUUCUUCACAGCCCGGAGGCUUCUGGGCUGGGUCCGCGCCCUGGACCGCCUCCGGGUGCCCAGCUCGGAGCUAGAAACCUGGCUGGUGCGGCGCGAACCUGAUGCCCUGGUGGUGGGGGCUCCUGGCCAGCCAGCCCCCCUGGAGGGAGGUGCAGGUGGGUUGGAGGUUCAUGCGGGUGACCAGGUGGGGUCGGUCAUGAGGUCAAGCGUGGUGGCGGGGUCGGAUUACGGGCCAAUCGGAGAGGACAAUCUGGACACCAUGGUGGCCCUUCUAAGAAGAAGCCAUGAGGAGGAGGAUAAGGAUGAGGAUCUCUAUGAAGAGGAUACAGAUACACUUUGGCAGGAUCACUCUGAUCGUGGACGCCAUCAGGGGCCUGAGGGGGGAGAGGAGGAUCUGCUGGUGGGGGACACCUGGAGAGAAAUCUGGAGGGAUGGUGGACCCUCUUACGACCGUGCGAAUAGAGAACUUGCACAGGAUUUAUCUGAUCAGUUUGCCAGCUUGGAAGCUCAGUCCUCAAUGUCCUUCCAAGAAUGUCUACGGCUCUUGGAAGACACCUUCCCCUUUGGAGAGGAGACAGAGCCGUCAGACCCAGUUGGCGUAGAUCUGAGGGAAACCAGCGGAGAGGACCCGACCCCUGUCCGAGAGCUUCUUCUGUCCCCCCUGUCGUCCCACGGGGAUCCCUCCCUGGACUUGGAGCAGCAGUGGCAUGAUAUUCUUGCCAUCAUGGAGCCAGAAGAUAUGGACCUUGGCACAGAUGUAAUGCAAUCUGGAUCUAUUCAGAGUUCCAGCUUGAUGGACCCCGUUCACCAGGAUGUCAGCCUUCAGCAGGCAAUCCUGCCCAGAAGCAGCCAGGAUAGUUACCCCUUCAACCCCAGCUUCGGGGGCAGUGUUCCCCUGGAGGCCCCACUCCAGCUAGCCCUGCUCAGUCCGUCCUCCAGCGUACCUGACGUUGACCUUAACUUGACCUUUGGCCCAUCUGACCUGACAGAUCGCGCCCUUCCUUUGGCACUCAAUGGCACAGUUGGCAACCCCAUGCCUUCCAUUCAGUCUAGUCUCUUUCUGGAUGAACCAGUCCUGCCUAGCCCACUCGGCUCCCUCUUGGACGAUGCCUUGCUGGAUGAGCUUAGCUUCCAGGACCUGGCUCUGGAGGAAGGCUUCAACCCAACACAGGCCUCCCAACUUGAGGAGGAGCUAGACUCUGACUCUGGACUUUCUCUGACCUUCAGCCACAGCCCUGCAUCCCCUAGCGGCUCAGAGGCAUCCUAUUCCUCUUCUUCGUCCUCUUCAUCGUCUGACUCUUCUGUGUUUUCUGAAGAAGGGGCUGUGGGCUACAGCUCUGACAUGGAGGUUAUUGUGGAGCGAGAGGAGGGUGCAGUGGGAGGCUACUCCCCAGAAGUCAGCAAGAUGUACAGCACAAGCUACCAGAAGCCUGAGCGUUUCAACAACCUCCCUUGGCUGGAACAAGUGGGCCACGACCAUACCUACAACCAGCCUAGGACCACCUCUCCCAGGCAGGGAAAAUCCCUCAAGCUUCCAAAGUCGCGUUACAGCAAACCCUAUGAGCAUGACAUUUCCGAUAAGCUUUGGGGCCGUGAUGAGCGCCGGGCUCGCACCAUGAAGAUCCCCUUCUCCAACGAUCUCAUUGUCAACCUGCCCGUGGAAGAGUUCAACGAACUUCUGACCAUGCAUCGCCUCAGUGAGGCCCAGCUCAAACUGAUCCGAGACAUUCGCAGGCGGGGCAAAAACAAGAUGGCCGCUCAGAACUGCCGCCGGCGCAAGCUUGAUGUCCUGUUUGGGCUCGAAGAGGGGGUAGAAGGAUUAUGCCGCCACAAGGCCCGCCUGUUGAAGGAAAAGGCAGAGAACCUUCGCUCCGUGCGGGAAAUGAAGCAGCGGCUCAGUGCUCUGUACCAGGAGGUUUUUUCCCGUCUGCGGGAUGAGCAAGGAAGACCCUUGCCUACCACUGACUACAGCCUCCAAUUUGGCAAUGAUGGACAGGUCCUGCUUGCUACACGGAACGGUUCAGCCAGUGAGCAAAACUGCAAGCCCCACAAGAAACAGAAGGAUGGAAAAAAGUGAAAAAAUGAGUUGGGUGUGUAGUUUGGAGUCGAUUGACAAGGGGAUGGCUGUAAAGUUUAAAGAAUUUCUCACAAUAAGAGGGACCUGAAAAGGCAAGAUGCAAGAGGAUGCUCUGCCUAAAUCGGUUAAUCUGCACUGAUGCGUUUAUUUUCUGGAAAGGACAAGUAGCACAAAUAUGAUCAUGCAAGAAUCUUGUGAUGGUCAUGGAAAAACAAAGGGAAAACCUGUCUCAGGAGCAGAAUAACUGUUGGGAGGACCCUGUCAGCAUUCCAAAGAAAUACAGUACAUAAAACACUAAAAGGUGACAAGGAAGAAGGGCUAGCCUAAGGCCUUCAGCCAAAAGACAAGACCGGGCCCUUAGCGCAAUGCGGGCACAUUGCUGUUCUGGUUUUCCAGUGCCUAUAUGUUGAGAGGUUGGGCCUAGGUUCCUUGAAGUCAUCACUCACAGGGCAGUUUAUUAGGUAUACAUCUAGUACCGGCUCAGACCCCCCUUUGUCUCCAGAACAACACAAACUCUUCUGGGCAUGGAUUCUACAAGAUGUCGGAAACUUUUGUUGCUCAAUUGGUAUCAAGGGGACCUAACGUGUGCCAGGAAAAAAAUUCCCCACACCAGUACAGCACCUACACCAGCCUGUACCAGGCAGGAUGGUUCCAUGGAUUCAUGCUGCUUAUGCCAAGUCCCGACUCUGACAUGAGCAUGACGCAACAGGAACUGGGAUUCGGCAGACAGUGGUGGUGAUGGUGAUAACAUGCCCACUGGAGUCACUUGUUUUUAGCUAAUAUGAGUGGAACCAGGGCAAAAGCCCAUCCGUGGCAAGGAUCAACGAGUUGUACGUUCCGAGAUGCCGUUCUGCACACCACUGUUGUACUACGGCGUGAUUUGUCUGUUUGUGGCCCAACUGUUAGCUUGCAUGAUUCUUGCAAUUCUCCUUUGACCUCUCUCAUGAACAAGCUGUUGUUGCCCACAGGACUGCCGCUGACUGGAUGUUUUUUAUUUAUUUGUCGCACCCUUCUCGGUAAACCCUAGACACCGUUGUGUGGGAGAAGCUCAGGAGGGUGGACGUUUGAGAUACUGGAUCCGGCGAGCCUAGCACCGACGAUCAUACCACGCUCAAAGUCACUUAGGGCACUCAUUGCCCAUUCUAAUGUUCAAUCAAACAGUAACCGAAUGCCUCGAUGCCCAUCUACCUGCUUUAUAUAGCAAGCCUCGGCCACAAGACUCACUGUCUGUAGGAGUGAUCCAUUUUAAUGACCGGGGUUGCGUGCGUAAAGAAAUUGACCGGUGAGUGUAUACCCAAGUAAAAAGGGUAAGACAGGGGAGCCUGGUUGAGAACAAAAGGGAACCAAAAAAGUUUGCUCCUGUCUAAAGCCUACCGAACACAAGUUGCCAUUAACUAGUAGUGAAGGAGUAGGAUAGUGCCUUUAGUAAAGCCUUAGUUACCCACACAGCUAUCUGUGGUUCUCAGGGGAUGUGACUGCAUGAUAUGGUACAAUGAUAUUCAGGAAAUAGACUAGUUUAAAGUACCUGGAAAUAGUAUCUACUCAGGCCCAGGGCCAACAAUAUUGUGUUAAUGAUAUGGUUGUGGACUUUUAUUUGUAACAAGUUGAAAUUGGAAUGCCUUUAUCACCAGUAUCCUAUUGGAAUACAACUGUUAAAGCUGCAUAAAAUAUCACAGCAUUUUCAUAAACAUUUUAAAAAAGUUUGAAAUGUAUUAAAUGCCACUACAAGUACUGUGAUUGUGUCCUCACACUACUGGUAAAAGCUUUGUCAAGCACUUUCCAAGUGUCCAAUAUCAGCAAAAGAAAAGUAUUUAAACAAAAACACUGAAUUGGAGGUUCUUUAUUGUAUUAUUGGUUUCAAAAGAACAUGAUUUUGUUUUAAGAGGUGUUUACAUUUACAUUUAAGUCAUUUAGCAGACGCUCUUAUCCAGAGCGACUUGUGUUCUCACCCCAUUUCUGUUUCAUACUUUUGAAUACUUGCUGGCAACCAAGGGAUGUUACUUUUGGGUGGAUAAAACAUUUUCAACCUA